ACCAGCACGGAGGCAAAACAGCUAGAACCGUUACCUGCCUUUGCCCUUGGCUUUGCUCGACGCCGGUCCAAGACUGCUUAAAAACCCAAGCAAAUAACAAGCAGCAGCCGACCCGCAAGAAGCCUGUUUCCUGCGUGACGAUGGGACGCAAAUAGCCCGGGACUGUGCUUGGAGCCAAUAGGGUGUGACCGCUUCCAUGAUUCUGACUAAUGCUAGGUCUUUGGUCAUUUGCAGAGAGGCAGUGAUGUCAAGGUCCCAGCUUGACCUGCAAUAUGCGACGUUUCCCGGAAGAGAAGUGGCGGCCGUAAUAGCUCCCACUGGAUUUCCAAACCCUUUGUUGGCGGCCUUCUGGUUCAAAGGAAUCUCUUUGGAUUGUUCAGGUGGCGCCAGGCUGGAUUAUCCAUUGGCCCCUAUGGGAACCCACCAUGUUUCCCUUAAUUGGCGCAGGUUCUUGUUUGCCACAGCAGGUGGCAAGUUGACUGCAUGUCGUCAUCUGGAUUGCGGCAUGAUGCUGACAAACGGCGUGUUCCAGCUCAACCUGCAAUGUGCCACAUUUGCCGGAAGAGACAUGAAACAAGAAAAUUGACGGCCAUCAGCUCGACCCCAUCUCCCCCUUCCCAGAUGCUGUGCAUUUCGUUGGGGGGUAAGUCCGUUGAGAGUCAAUCGCCUGUCAAGCUUGACGGCGAGGUAGUCCAAUCAAUUGAAGAUUUGUAGUCGUCAACCACGACACUGCUUAGCGCAAAUUUGAUGAACCAGCACGGAGGCAAACCAGCUAGAACCGUUACCUGCCUUUGCCCUUGGCUUUGCUCGACGCCGGUCCAAACUGCUUAAAAACCCAAGCAAAUAAUAAGCAGCAGCCGACCCGCAAGAAGCCUGUUUCCUGCGUGACGAUGGGACGCAAAUAGCCCGGGACCGUGCUUGGAGCCAAUAGGGUGUGACCGCUUCCAUGAUUCUGACUUCAUUUGCAGACAGGCAGUGAUGUCAAUGUCCCAGCUUGGAAAAAGUGAAUCCAAGGACC